CGGCCGCCGCCCCGCCCCGCCCCGGAGGCGGCACCGCCGGGAGAGCAGCGCCGGCUGAGGCAGCAUCGCCGCGCAUCGCCGCUCGCCGCGCACGGCAGGAUUUGCCCGUGGAAGAUUAGGGAAGAAGCAUGACCAAGAUGAACUGCAUCCUGCUGACCACCUGCAUUGUUCUGAUUGCUUUUUGUGGCUCUGGUUCUACCUUAAGAUGUUACCACUGUGACAACAGCCCUACCCUGUGCAGGACCAACAGCACCUGUUUAACGACUGAAGACACUUGCUUGCAGUUAAGAUUUGGUAAAUUGAGAACUUUCUCCUGCUGGAAGACAUCCCAGUGCAAUGUGAAUGAAAUUGCUGAUUCCUUCCUGUUGGAUAAUUUUGAAUUCUUUUGCUGCCAACACGACCUGUGCAAUGAGAGUGCAAUUACUGGGGUUAACAAAGCAGCCUUCAGUAUUGCUUCUGUAAUGGCCAUGUUAUGGAUGCUCCUGUAAUAAUCCUGAUUUGUAAGCUGUCCUUUCAAGAUGAAGUUACACAAAACCAUUAACUCUUUUCUAUAAUAGCAUAUUUUCAGCUCCAGUCCAUAGGCAGAAAUAUUCCUGUGUAAUUUUGUUUCCCAAGGUUCUGUCUGUUCUGUUCUGUGUGUUGUUAUCACUUAGUGGGUGUUUUGAUCUGUCCCCCUGCUCAUGGGGAAGAUCAGCUCUUGUGAAAUCAUAUUACCUUGUGGAGAGCCUGGGCAAACUCCAGUGGGUGAUGUGAAGGAGAAGGAACAUUACAGCUUUUCUACUGGAAAGUGUAAUUUUUUUCCUGUCCCAUAAACUGUCAUUUUUUUUAGUUGGUAUUUCUGUGGGUUUUGAUUUGUUUUGCUUUGGAUCCUCCUUGUCACAAACCAAGCAGUGGAUUUGCCCUCAACACAAGAAGUGUUGGAUCAUAAGUGUACCUUGCUGCAGUCUUUGUGAUGAAUAUGGAAAUAUUCAGUUUCAAGUCAUGUAAACACUUUGUUCCCAUCACUGUACCUGUUUUUUUUUUUUUCUGCAAGCCAAUGAUAUAACCUUGUCAAGUGCUGUUAUUUUGGGAGAAAGCACCAACAUUUCUUAAGCCAAAACCAAAAUAUUGCUAUAAGUGAGAAACACUUCUCUCUUUUUUUUAAAUAUAUAUAUUUCUGUGAGCAUGUAGACAACAUGUGAUAGCUUCUUUUUGGAUUUUCCUCAUACAUAACCCAUGCUUAGGAUUUUAAGUGAGCAUGUGCUUUGCACUGAGUAUUUAUUGGUAUACUGAAAAUCAAUUAUAAAAUGCUAAGGAGUUGAAAUGGCACAUGUAGUUUACUUCCUCACCUAGUUAGCUUUUGGGUUUUGUUGAAAACGGUGACAUGUAAACUUAACCCUUCAAGCUUCCACCUAAGAGUAUUAAAAUCUUGCACAACUUUCUUUCCAUAAAUGGCAAUGCACAGUAUAGGUGUGUAUUUAUAUAGCAUGAAUAAUACCUGCUCCAUCUGUAGGUGUGAGAGGUCAAAUUCUGAAAUACAUUGCUCUGCUCUGUGGUGGAGACAGACCUUGGGACAAUCUCUGGUACCUGGGGACCCUCUCAGUCCGGUGGGAUGUCACAUCCUCUUUCUUAUUCUGGAGCUGCUGGCAUAUCCUUGCCAGAGUUGUGUCCAUUGCCAGUGGGAUAUCCUCUUCCUGAGGACCCUCACUUGUGCUCGUGACACCAAGUGAAACCAGUCACAACAAGGGUGUUGUUCCAAAUCCCUGAUGUAAUCCACAAUGUACCUUUUGGUUGAGUUUAUUGUAGCUAUGAAAGUGUCCUGGGAUCUUUCCCAUCACUCUAAAUACAGAAGUAGUCCUGUCUUUGAUAAAUAAAAAUGU